AAUGGCAGGAAGUGGAGGAAGAAAUUUGGACGAAACACCUACCUGGGCGGUGGCCACUGUUUGCUUUGUUUUGCUCUCUGUAUCUAUCAUCAUCGAAUACAUCUUCAAUCUAAUAGGAAAGUGGUUGAAGCAGAAACACAAAAGAGCUCUGUACGAGUCACUUGAAAAGAUCAAAUCAGAGCUUAUGCUAUUAGGGUUCAUAUCGUUGCUCCUGACGAUAGGGCAAGGUCUGAUAUCGAGAAUAUGCAUAUCAGAAAAUGUUGCAGGGACGUUUCACCCUUGCACUUACAGAAGGGAGGAGAAAAAGUACCCCCCGCCAUUAGAAGACGACUAUUACCACCAUAACCGCCACAUUUUAGCGGCGGAAGCAGGUUACGACAAGUGUGCCGCCCAGGGUAAAGUCCCAUUUGUCUCAUCGGGAGCCAUUCAUCAACUCCAUAUAUUUAUCUUCGUGCUAGCUGUUUUUCACAUCCUUUACUGCAUUCUCACUCUGGCUCUGGGUAGGGCAAAGAUGAGAAGGUGGAAACGAUGGGAAGUAGAAACCAAGACAGCAGAGUACCAAUAUUCACACGAUCCCCAGCGAUUCAGAUUUGCAAGAGAGACAUCGUUUGGAAGAAGACACUUGAGUUUUUGGACUCAACAUGUUGUCCUGGUUUGGAUAGUUUGUUUCUUCAGACAGUUUGUACGCUCAGUUCCUAAGGUUGAUUACUUGACCUUGAGGCAUGGAUUUAUGAUGGCGCAUUUGGGGCCACACAGUCACCAGAAAUUCGACUUCCGGAAAUAUAUUAAAAGAUCUUUGGAAGAGGACUUCAAAGUGGUCGUCGAAAUCAGUCCUCCAAUCUGGUUCAUUACAGUGUUUUUUCUCCUGUUUAACACUCACGGCUGGUACUCUUAUCUGUGGCUUCCAUUUGCUCCUUUGAUUAUUGUUCUAUUAGUGGGAAUGAAGCUGCAAGUGAUAAUAACGAAGAUGGGUCAAAGAAUUCAAGAACGAGGAGAGGUUGUAAGGGGCAUGCCUCUGGUGCAACCAGGGGAUCACCUCUUCUGGUUUAACAAACCUCGACUUAUUCUAUACCUCAUUAAUUUUGUGCUCUUUCAGAACGCUUUUCAGCUUGCUUUCUUUUCAUGGGCUGCGGUAAGUCCUGCAAAAACAAAAACAAUGGCGUUAUCUGAAUUCUGCUCACAUUUUCAUCUUGUUUUCUUUUAUGUUUUUCAGCUUCAAUUUAUGAUGAAGUCCUGUUUCCUUUCCCAAAAGAAGGAGGUGGUGAUCAGAAUCUCAAUGGGGAUCUUCGUUCAAUUCCUUUGCAGCUACGUCACUCUUCCUCUCUACGCUCUCGUGACGCAGAUGGGUUCAACGAUGAAGGCAACGAUAUUCAACGAAAGAGUAGCGAUGGCUCUGAGAAAUUGGCACCACACAGCGAAGAAGAACGUAAAAGAGAAGCGUGGAUUACGAUCGCAGAGUCCAUUGUCAACGAGGCCUUCAACACCGAAGCAUCCUAAGUCGAAGGCUAAUCUGCUGCGACGGUAUCACAGUGAAAUGGCCACUUAUCCAUCUUCUCCUAUAAGGUUCGAUUUUGAGGCACAUCUUCCUUAUGGGAUCCAUUCACCUCCUUCGUCCAAGGUUAAUGCUGCAGCUACUUCUUCCAUUGAUCAGAAUGAAAUGGAGAUGGAGGUGGAAAUGGAAAUUGACAUGGAUCAGGUCUCAGAUCUCACUCAACACCACAUUGAUAUCCAAGACAAGCAAGGAUUUUCUUUUGAUAAAAGAUGACACCAUUUUUUAUUAAAUGCCAAAACGACAAAGGUGAUCAUGAUUUUUGUAGCAUUUCAUCUUUGUAUAACUCUAA